UGAUUCACCCCAACUAGCCAGCGGUCUGUAUAAAAUACUUCAAUUGAUGGACACGAAUGUUAUUCUAGUGACAGUCACCAUGCUGGCCUGUACCUCCAUGUUGGUUCUCAUCCUGGGGACGUCAGUCCAUCAGUCUAUCGCGGCCAUGUCCAUGCAGGCGUUCAAGCAGGCCAAGGUCAUGAUGGAGGGAGUGUGUCAGCCUAGAACAGGCGUCAGUAAAGAAUUCAUGAGUCAGCUGAGAAAAGGAGAGUUUCCAGAGACUGACGACAGAAGGCUGAAGUGUUACUUUGAGUGCAUCCUUCGCAUGGGCAGAGUGAUGCAGGGAACCAAAGUAUCCACAGAGUCCAUGCGACGUUUGGCCCGAACAAUGUUGCCAACACAACUGAAACCCUUGGUAAUGCCAUCUAUAGAUGCCUGCCAGGACAUUGACGAAGGUGAGGCUUGCGACACCGCCUACACUUUUGCCAAGUGUCACCACAAGUUCAGCGGUGCCGAGGGGUUCAUGUUCUCGUAGAAUGCUCUGGGACAAUCCGCUGAUGUCAGCUGUCAAGUCUACAAGUUGUGUUAUUCUUAAGUCUACAAGUAGUGUUAUUCUUAAGUCUACAAGUAGUGUUACUGUUAAGUCUACAAGUAGUGUUACUGUUACUGUUAAGUCUACAAGUAGUGUUACUGUUGCUCUUAAAAAGGAUUCAUAUUUUUCUAUAACGUACUGUGUAUAUUAAGAUUUAAUCAAUAAAUAUUUGUUCUUGU